GUUCUUCUCUCCCGGCAAGGGCUAACAGGGAACCAGCCUGUCCGUCCAACCAACCAGACUGAUGAAUUUCGAACACUCUCAAGGCUUUUUGCGUCACUCGCGACAGACAACCUCGAUGUGCUAUUGACUGUCAUCAGCCUGCGAUCCAUCGGCUCAAAAUGUUUCGGGCAAGCUUGAGGACCUUGACGAGAGGCUUGACCUCCACGGUGCGAUUGCCAGCCAGGUCACCCAAAUUGUGGCAAGCAAGGACGCUCGCUUCCGUGAACAUCCCACCCCCAAAAGAACCUACCGAGCUUGACCGUAUAACAACUCUUCCAAAUGGCAUCCGAGUCGCAUCCGAGGCCCUGCCGGGGUCUUUCUCGGGCGUAGGCGUCUACGUCGAGGCUGGUUCCCGAUUCGAAAACAGCUAUGUUAGUGGAGUGAGCCAUAUCGUGGAUCGUCUCGCCUUCCAGUCCACACAACAGAGAAGUGGCGAGGAAAUCGCAGCGACAGUAGAAUCUCUUGGAGGAAACAUACAAUGUGUCUCAUCCAGAGAGUCCAUGAUGUACCAGGCCGCCACCUUCAACUCGGCCGUUCCCACCGCCACCCAACUCCUGGCCGAGACGAUACGGAGCCCUCGCAUCACGGAAGAAGAAGUUUUACAGGAGCUCACCACUGCUCAGUAUGAGAUCGACGAAAUCUGGAAGAAGCCUGAGCUCAUCAUACCCGAGCUCGUGCAUAUGGCCGCUUUCAAGGACAAUACUCUGGGCAACCCACUGCUAUGUCCAGCAGAGCGCAUACCCGAAAUCACCAAGACGGUUGUUGAGGCAUACCGAGAGGCUUUCUACCGUCCCGAGAGGACCGUCGUCGCUUUUGCUGGAGUGCCCCAUGAGGAGGCUGUCCAAUUAGCCACACAAUUCUUCGGUGACAUGGAGGGCAAGGAAUUGCCAGCAUUACGUCGGGCCGCAUCAGAAACGUCAACAGACUCGCUAGCAUCACAAGACAGCGACAGUUCGGUUACUUCAACGUCAUCUUCAGUUUCUUCUGCUUCGUCCCAACAACCACCAUCCGGCAUUUUCUCCAAGAUACCCCUUUUCAAGAAUCUCUCCACCUCUGCGUCAAAGGCCGCCUCCGUCGUCGACGCAACUAAUGCCAUACCCUCGUUACAAGACAUGGCCACCCCCGCACAUUACACUGGUGGUUUCGUCUCCCUCCCAGCACAGGCACCUUCUUACAACCCUAAUCAGCCCAUCUUCACUCACAUUCACCUGGCUUUCGAAGGUUUACCGAUAGCUUCAGACGAUAUCUACGCUCUAGCAACACUGAACACUUUGCUUGGUGGCGGCGGAUCAUUCUCCGCUGGAGGUCCUGGGAAGGGCAUGUACUCAAGGCUGUACACUAACGUGCUCAACCAGCACGCCUGGGUCGAGUCGUGCGUUGCCUUCAACCACUCCUACACUGACUCGGGCCUCUUCGGCAUCUCUGCCAUGUGCAUACCCGGCCGCACCCACAGCAUGAUCGAUGUCAUGUGCCAGGAGCUCCGCGCGCUGACGCUUGAGACAGGCUUUGCAGCCUUGGGCCAGGUGGAAGUCAACCGGGCCAAGAACCAACUGCGGUCUAGUCUGUUGAUGAACCUGGAGAGCCGUAUGGUCGAGCUGGAAGAUCUUGGCAGGCAAGUCCAGGUACACGGCCGCAAGGUACCAGUCCAUGAGAUGUGUCGCAAGAUUGAGAUGCUCACCGUCGAGGACCUGCGCCGGGUGGCGAAACAGGUUGUCGGCGGUGCGGUACGAAAUGUUGGAGCUGGCAGCGGUGCCCCAACCGUUGUGCUACAGGAGGCACAGAACCCGAAUCUUUCUGUCAAGUCGAUGACUUGGGAGGAGAUUCAGGAUAGAGUGUAUCGGUGGGGCUUGGGUAAGCGGUAAGCAUGAAAAGGAGGCUGCAGGUAUUUCCAUGUUUGGUAGGAAAGUAUAUAUCGAACGCUUGGUCCACAGUUACGAAGGUUUGGAAGACCAAAUGUAGAAGCUGUACAAUUAUGUAGCAAUAGAUAAGCCUCGGCUUUGAAUCUCCC